UUUCUAGUAACUUAAUAUUUUAACUAGAGAGUUGUCAGUCCCUUUUCGGAAUUAUUUAAUAAAGUUCGGAAAAAGUUGACGAUAAAAUGCUUCGAAAUCUAAUAGCAUGCAGGACCAGUCUCGCAGAUCUUACAAAGGCGACGCAAAGAAGAAGAAAAAUUUAUUGUGGUUUCAAGGAAUGUUUAUUGAUACAAUUACCUGAAAGAACAAUAACACCGUUUGUUGUAGGAUCAAAUAAUCAAUUGAGGUAUUACAGUAAUCAAGCUAGAAGACCAAAUUUCUUUUCUCAAUUUUUUGAUAAUAUUAAGCAAGAAAUGCAGAAAAAUAAAGAUAUGAAGGAAUCGCUUAAAAAAUUCCGCGAAGAAGCUGAAAAGUUAGAACAGUCAGAAGCAUUGAAAUCAGCGAGACAGAAAUUUCAUACUGUUGAGUCUGAAGCUUCUAAAGGAUCAGAAGUAUUAAAAGAAAAAUUAGAUGUACUUAAGGAAAAAGUUCAAGGAGUGAUAGAGGAAGCUAGCAAAACGGAGCUUGGUAAAAAAGCGGGUCAGUUGGGUGAAGAAAUUUCAAAAUCAGCCAAGGGGGCUGCUGAGUCGAUUUCUGAAAAAAGUCAAGCUAUUAGUAAAACUAGUACGUUUCGAACAAUUUCCCAGACUGCUGAAGUUGUACGCAAAGAGUUGGAUAACAAUGGUAUGCGGGAUCAUGUUUAUGUUCCUUUAAAAAAAUUAAGAAAACGUAAAGAAAUUUUGGAGAGAGAAGAUACAAUAGUUGAAGCUAAUGAUCAAGAUAAGAAUGUAGAAUUACAUAAAGACUCAAAAUUUUCUCAAUCUUGGCAAAACUUUAAGGACAAUAAUCCAUACGUCAAUAAAGUUUUGGAUUGGAAAAUGAAGUAUGAAGAGUCCGAAAAUUCAGUAAUACGCGCCUCAAGGUUACUAACUGAAAAAGUAACAGAUAUGAUGGGUGGUUUGUUUCAAAAAACAGAACUUUCUGAAACAUUGACCGAAAUAUGUAAAAUAGAUCCAAAUUUCGACAAAAUUAAUUUUUUGAAAGACUGUGAAACUGAUAUAAUACCUAAUAUACUAGAAGCUAUGAUUCGAGGAGACUUGGAGAUAUUAAAAGAUUGGUGUCACGAAGGUCCAUAUAACAUAAUUUCACAGCCUUUGAAUACGGCAAAAAAAUUAGGUUACCGAUUGGACAAUAAAAUUCUUGACAUCGAUAAUGUGGAUCUCGUGAUGGGAAAAAUGAUGGACCAGGGGCCGGUAUUAGUGAUAAGCUUUCAAACGCAACAAAUAAUGUGUGUAAGAGACUCCAAUAAUAAUGUCGUGGAAGGUGAUCCUGAUAAAGUGAUGAGAUAUAAUUAUGUUUGGGUACUGUGUCGUGAUUCAACUGAACUAGACCCACGGUCAUGCUGGCGGUUACUUGAAUUGAGUUUCAGCAGUAGCGAGCAAUUUCUCUAGCGAAAACUUCAACUGACUUACGAUUUUGUUCUUUUUAAAAGCCAAGAAAUUAGAGAAAAAAAGCUUUUUUUAGUAUCGUAUGUUGUAAAUUAUUAUUGAAUUUUUUUUAAAGUUUAAGAUUUAUCAUUCAUGUGACUAUAUAUCGUUUAAACGUUCAGUACCACCUGUAAAUCCUAGAACAGAUUUAUUUAUUCGAGUUAAACUUGAUACUUGCAUUAGGAGAAUUUAGAAAUGUGUACUUUUUUUUAUUGAAAAUAUUAUCAGUUUUAUAGACGCAUAUAUUUUUAAGUUACAUAUGGCGUAAUUUAUAUGUAAAAUAUAUACG